GGAAGUGCCGGGGUGGCUGACAGAGCCCGAUCCUGCCUGGUAGCUGCAGCGAGCUGGGUUGCGGUUCUGGGGCCUGGGUGAGGGCUGGAGGCUUGAGUGGGACUUGGCGUGGGGGUCGCCAGCGGGUUGGGUGGCGGGAUGAUGGAGGAGGAGGAAUUGGAGUUCGUGGAGGAGCUGGAAGCCGUGCUGCAGCUCACGCCCGAGGUGCAGCUAGCCAUAGAGCAGGUAUUUCCAAGCCAGGAUCCUUUAGAUCGAGCAGAUUUCAAUGCUGUCGAGUAUAUCAAUACCCUGUUCCCAACAGAGCAGUCUCUGGCAAACAUAGAUGAAGUCGUGAACAAAAUUAGACUGAAAAUAAGGAGACUGGAUGACAAUAUUCGAACUGUUGUAAGAGGUCAGACAAACGUGGGACAGGAUGGAAGGCAAGCACUGGAGGAGGCUCAAAAAGCUAUUCAGCAACUCUUCGGCAAAAUCAAAGAUAUCAAAGACAAAGCAGAAAAAUCAGAGCAGAUGGUGAAGGAAAUCACCCGUGAUAUUAAGCAGUUAGAUCACGCCAAACGCCACCUGACCACCUCUAUCACAACCCUGAACCACCUGCACAUGUUGGCAGGCGGCGUCGAUUCCCUGGAAGCCAUGACGAGGCGAAGACAGUAUGGAGAAGUUGCUAAUCUCCUUCAGGGUGUAAUGAAUGUCCUGGAGCACUUCCACAAGUAUAUGGGAAUCCCACAGAUCCGGCAGCUGUCUGAGAGAGUGAAGGCCGCACAGACUGAGUUAGGACAGCAGAUCCUGGCUGACUUUGAAGAAGCAUUUCCUUCCCAGGGUACCAAGAGACCAGGAGGACCCAGCAAUGUCCUACGAGAUGCAUGUCUGGUUGCUAAUAUUUUGGAACCCAGAAUCAAACAGGAAAUCAUCAAAAAGUUUAUUAAACAGCAUCUGUCAGAGUAUCUAGUACUUUUUCAAGAAAACCAAGAUGUUGCCUGGCUAGACAAAAUCGACAGACGCUAUGCCUGGAUAAAACGCCAGCUUGUGGACUAUGAGGAGAAAUACGGCCGUAUGUUUCCACGUGAGUGGUACAUGACGGAGAGGAUUGCAGUGGAGUUUUGCCAUGUGACAAGGACAGAACUUGCCAAGAUUAUGCGUACCAGAGCUAAGGAAAUUGAGGUGAAAUUGCUUCUUUUUGCUAUUCAGAGAACAACUAACUUUGAGGGGUUUCUUGCAAAACGCUUCUCUGGCUGUACCCUGACAGAUGGAACCCUGAAGAAACUCGAGUCUCCACCCCCAUCUACCAAUCCCUUCCUGGAAGAUGAGCCAACACCAGAGAUGGAGGAGCUGGCAACAGAGAAAGGAGAUUUAGAUCAACCAAAGAAGCCUAAAGCCCCGGACAAUCCAUUUCAUGGCAUUGUUUCCAAGUGUUUUGAGCCUCAUCUCUACGUGUAUAUUGAGUCCCAGGACAAGAACCUUGGAGAGCUGAUAGAUCGGUUUGUGGCUGAUUUCAAAGCCCAGGGGCCACCUAAGCCCAACACUGAUGAAGGGGGUGCUGUGCUCCCGAGCUGUGCCGACCUCUUUGUCUACUACAAGAAGUGCAUGGUGCAGUGCUCUCAACUCAGUACCGGGGAGCCAAUGAUCGCCCUGACCACCAUCUUCCAGAAGUACCUCCGAGAAUACGCCUGGAAAAUCCUCUCUGGCAACCUGCCCAAAACCACAACCAGCAGUGGAGGGCUGACCAUCAGCAGCCUCCUCAAGGAAAAGGAGGGCUCAGAAGCGGCCAAGUUCACCCUGGAGGAACUCUGCCUCAUCUGCAGCAUCCUGAGCACGGCAGAGUACUGUCUGGCCACCACCCAGCAGCUAGAAGAAAAACUCAAAGAAAAAGUUGAUGUAAGUCUGACCGAACGAAUCAAUCUGACCGGAGAAAUGGAUACCUUCAGCACUGUCAUCUCCAGCAGUAUUCAGCUUUUGGUUCAGGAUCUGGAUGCCGCCUGUGACCCUGCCCUGACUGCCAUGAGCAAGUUGAACAGUUCAGUACUCUACCCAGCACAGCCCCGGGAGUGGCGAGGCUCGGGGAGGCAUUGA